AUGUUACAGACUGACGUAAUGUUGGACACGAACAAUAUCGUGGAGAUUACACAAGAGGGGAUUGAGACUCAAGUUGAUGAAGGGGCUGUGGAUGAAGUCGUGGCCGCAGGAGGUGAGGUUGCGUCUGCUGGAGUUGAAGUCGUGGCCGCAGAAGGUGAGGUUGCGUCUACUGGAGUUGAAGACGUGACUGCAGAAGGUGAGGUUGCGUCUGCUGUGGUCGAAGUUGUGGCUAAAGAAGACAUUGAGUAUGCUGUGGUUGAAGACGCGGCCGCUGAAGAAGAGGUUUCGUAUGCUGUGGUCGAAGACUUGGCCGCAGAAGGAGAGUCUGCUGUGGUUGAAGACGUGACUGCAGAAGAAGAGUUUGAGUCUGCUGUGGCUGAAGGCGUGGCCGCACAAGAAGACAGUGACUCUGCUGUGGCUGAAGGUGUGGCCGCACAAGAAGACAGUGACUCUGCUGUGGCUGAAGGCGUGGCCGCAGAAGAAGAGGUUGAGUCUGCUCAGGUUGCGCAGGAAUGUGAUGGGUUUGUCACCAAGCAGCCACAGUUGAAUGAAAUGGAGGACAAAGAGGUGGUCGACGCUUUUGAAGCUGCUGAAAAUGAAAGAGUUGUAACAAAGUCUGCUGAGACAAAGAGAGUUGAGCUAGAGGACGCUGUUGUUGAGUGUUACGCCAUUCAAUCUAAAUUUAAUGAAGAAGAAGCUCUCACUGCCUGUGUGAAGACAGACGUCACGGACGAGAAAACAAAUGUGUACGCUGGUAGUAAGGAGGACCCGUACGCUGACGCAGCUGCUCAGCUGAAACAUUCAGAGAGUACAAUCGCCGUUGCCGACGUCAAUAGCGAGAUUAAAGCUGCUAUAGACAUUUCAGAUGUUAUCGCUGCCAAGGAAGGUGCUUUGAACGCUGAUCCAGUCGUCCUUGUGACUGACGAGGAACUUGCCAACAAAAGAUGUCUUGUCAAAGAGGCCGCUGUUGAUGUCGAAGCUAAUGAUAUCCAAGCCAUUGCUUUAAAUGAAAUUAUUGACGCCGUUGCUGAGGAAGCAGUGUCCGCAAUGAUACCAUCAAAGUCUCUCGAGAUCGAAGCUCUUGAUGAAGCAAAAGCUGUUACACAGGGCAUACCACUGCCCUUACAAGCUACUGUGCCCAAUGCAACUAUUGAAGAAGUUGCCAUGGAAGCCGUAGCGAUUUUACAGACAGAUGACUCAGCGGUUAUGACUAAGCUCGAAGUCAGUGUCAAAAGUAACAUCGACGACAAGAAAGUGGAAGUCACUAAAGAUGAGUCUCUACUUGAUGAUGAUGAAUUUGAGGAGGCAAAUGCUAUGCAGGAGCAAGAAAAGGAUGACGAAGAAGACAUCGAGGCCUCGAAUACAAAGGCGGAUACUGCGACCAAAACUACCAUUGAUACGCCGGCCAAGCGAAUUGUCGAGACAAUCAUGGAAGAAGUCGAAGCUGAGAAAAGUGUUGUCGUGGAGACUGAUAAACGCAUCGACGAGGAUGCUGAAGCUGUUGGAAUAGAAGCCAGCACGGAGGCUGUCCCUCUUGAUAUUGACAACAAUAUGGUGAAAUACGAGACUGACACUGCUCUUUUUGGCGAGCGCACUAAGUUUAUUGUGCCAGAAAACGAGACCAAGACUGCUGCAUUUAGUUUGAAGAUCGAUGAAGCUGUUGUAAAAGAGACCAACGCUGAGAUCGCGUCUGUUGCUGAGGUGAAUGAAGUGCAGCUAAAGGAAAGCGGUCAUAUUGAGGUCUUAGCCGUUGAUAAGAAGUUUGCGACUGAAGAGGUACAGAAGACCGAUUGGGCCGUCGCUAAAGUGCGAGAGGAAGCCCGUGAUGAUGUUGCGCUCAUCAAGGCCAAUGACGAUGAGCCUAGUAUAGUCGAGCAAACGUCUGCUGUUGAGGUCGGUCAAGCUGAUGCGAAACCUGAUGAAGCCAAUCUUACAGCAUUAAAUGCGAGCGACUGCGAGGACAGCUCAAAGUCUUGUGACAAGUUUGAGGUCGAUACUAAGCCCAUCAUCGCCGUUUCAACCCUUAUCGGCCGCUUUGAGCAGAUUGCGAAGCACAAUGCCACAAAAGCUGCAAACUCGCGCUCAUCAUCACGCACUUCUUCUCGUUAUACUUCGCCGCUUCCCUCUCCACCUGCGAGUUGGUCCCGUGGAAAUAUUUUUGAGACUGUAGCAAAGAGCAAUGAAGAGAGCGAGAGAUUGGAAGGACCACUUGGCGUGGAUUUAGAUGAGGAGGAUGUGUUGACUGAAGAUAAGAAAGACCAAGAAGAAGUAGAGGUCGAGAUUACAGUCACAAGUACGGAGUCCGUGUACGAGUCUUCUCAAUUUGAGGAGGCACCAGCUGAAGAUGAUGUUCUUGAGGAUGCCUCAACAUUAAACGAGACGGACACAAUUGCUCUCGAAAAAACGCCGGCCGUUGCUGACAUUGCUGUGGCCGCUAAAGAAAGUUCUGUGGUAGAAAUACCUGCUGUUAAGACCGAUGAAGAUAAGUCUGAAGCUGCUAUUGAACAGUCUGACGCUAUUGAGGAAGCUCCUAUCGUUGAAGUGAAAUCGGUGGAACAAGUAUCAGUCGACGAAUCUACUGAACCAGAGGUGGAAGUUGAGAAAGAUCUUUUUGUUGAACUACAAAAGGCCGAGAGCAUUGCUGAACCUGAGGCUGAGGAUGUCGACUUUGAGAUAAUAAUCGAAGAGGAAAUCGUUGAGACCGCAGAAGGAGCUGACGCACCAGCUUCUGAAGCAGUUGAGGCUUAUGAUGCUGUUGAAGAAGUCCCAGUUGCUGUCGUACCUGUUGUUGAUACUGCUGAGACUGACGCCGAUAAAAGUGAGACACGCGCGGUCGUACCUGCGCCGUCGAUUCUGUCCGUGGAUGGAUCAAAAGUAGAUGCAGUCCGGAAAGAGGCUAUCACGGAAGACGAGGAAAUUGUUGAGGAUGCUGCAUUAACGGCAAAAUCGUUGGUCGAUGUGGAGGAAGCCGUGGUUAUGGUUGAUUCUACAACUGAUAAAGCUAUCGAUAGCUCUUGUCUAGUAACCGACCAAGAUGACUCGAACGAAUAUGCAUCUACGAGGAAGGAGGCCUUAAUGACCGAAACCAGUUUAAAGGCUACCGUGGAAAUGACACUGACAAGUCCAGUGACAAAGGCAGAGAAUAACGACACGGAGAUAACGCCCGAGUACGAUUCAUUUGAGCCGAUUCCAUUCGAGCAACUGACGUACGAGAUAUUGGGUGUCACGCGUGUAAACAACGUGGCCAUGUAUCAUAUCUACACUAUCAAUCGUGCGACUGGUGAACAAGCAAUGUCGAUUCCCAAACGCUAUUCAGAGUUUAAGCUAUUGGAGGAGCGACUUCAAGCAUUGGAUCUACCGAGUACACCCGGCCUACCAAUACUACCUAAGCCUACCGUAAGCAGUUUCUUCCGUGGACGUCGAUGCAAAAAGACAAUUGAGAUGCGCGAAAAGGCUUUUGGAGACUUACUGCACUACAUUCGAGACCAUGAAGACUUGCAUCGGAGCAUUGUCUUCCAACAAUUCAUUGGCAAUUGA